GCGCCGCGGGGGGAAGGCGGGCGGAGCGGGCAGGCGUGCGUGCGCGGCGGAGCGCGGCCGGGAUGCGGCAUGGCUGUGGGCUCCGUGAAGAUGCCGCCGCCGUGUGAGGGCGCGGAGCUGGCCCGCAGCUGGAGCCCCGGCGGCGGAGCCCACGAACCGCCGCCGGUGCAGCUGCGGCAGAAGCUGCGGGAGCUGCCGGCGCUGCUGCGGAGCGGGCUGACGCUGCGGAGGAAGAGCGCGGCCGCCGCCGGGCAGCGGACACUGUCCAGAAGAAUUUCAAAUCCAUACCUGGAAACUUCUUCAAACAAGAUUUAUGGAGAAAGUUCCUCCUGUGCUGGGAGAGCUCUCAGGAACAUUUUUACACUACAAGCUUCUGAUCUGAUUAAAGACAGGGUGUACCUUACUGGAAUUUGCAGGAGAAGCUGUGUUGGAUCAGAACUGGUAGACUGGCUGUUGGAGCACUGCCCUUUUGUGAAAUGCAGAUCUACUGCAGUUGGAGUGUGGCAGCUGCUUCUGGAUAUGGGCAUUAUAUUAUCAGUGGACCGAGAACUCUAUUUUCGAGACACUUAUGCUUUCUACCAGUUCUCAGCGGAUGAAUGUACCUACCUUUUCUGUGAAUUUGAGAAAGAAGGAGGUUGGAAGAAUGCUGUAAAACUCCUACUUCAACUACUGCCAUUGUCUCCUCCCAGGAUUGACAUGUGCAACCUGCCUGAUCAAAAAAUAGAAGAUACAGCAGAAACCAAUGCUGAAAUUCUUGCUCGUCUCACUUCUGCGGUUCAGAGAGAGCUGGCUGCUGUCAUUGCCCUGAAAGCGAGGAAGUCAGCAAUUCAUCAAAAUGAAGAAAACAGCAGUCAAGAAAUAAGAGGGCUGGAAGAGCUCAAGGGUGCCUCUGAUGCUCAGGCAGGGGUUUUGUGCAAGCUUCAGGAGAGAGAUGACAUUGGACGAAUUGAGCUGGUCCAGAAGCUGGCACGAGAAAACUGUCAGUUUUUGCAGGCGGAUAGAAAACAACCAGAGAAGACUGAACAACAGCAAGCCGACGAUGGAGGCGGCCGCGAGCGGCCGCGAGAGGAGGCCGGCCCCGCGCUGGUGCUGCGGAAGGUGUGGUCACGCAGCCCGGCCCCCGAGCGGCGCGGGAGGUACGUGGUGGUGUCGGGGACGCCGGAGAAGAUUUUGGAGCAUCUCCUGAGCGACCUGCACCUGGAAGCCGCGCAGGACAAAGAGACGGAAACUCUCCUGGAUGACUUCCUUCUCACAUACACAGUCUUCAUGACAACAGAUGACUUGUGCCAGGCACUUCUGAGGCACUAUUGUGCAAAGAACCAUCAAGGGAAAGAAGAUGAUUCUGAUAUAUCCUGCAGGAAACGAAAGGUCUUGCAUUUGGUGUCUCAGUGGACUUCUCUCUACAAAGACUGGUUACAUGAAGAUGAACAUUUAAAACAAUUUUUAAAGACAAUAUAUCGGAAUGUGUUAGAUGACGUGUAUGAAUAUCCCAUUCUUGAGAAGGAGCUGAAAGAAUUUCAGAAAAUACUUGGGAUGCAUCGUCGUCACACUGUAGAUGAAUAUUCACCACAUCGAAAGAACAAAACCUUUUUCCACCAGUUCAGUCUAAAGGAGAACUGGCUGCAGCACAGAGGAACCAUGAAUGAAGCAGAAGAAAUUUUCUGCCGCGUGUACAUCACGGAGCACUCCUACGUCAGUGUGAAAGCUCAAGUAACCACUUCAGCGCAGGAGAUAUUGAAGAUUGUUGCAGAAAAGAUCCAGUACCCGGAGGAGGAGUUGGCACUGGUGAUCAUCACGUUCUCUGGUGAAAAACAUGAACUACAACCAAAUGACUUGGCCAUCUCAAAAUCUUAUGAGUCAUCCAGUCGUAUGUUUGUCUACCGAAAAGACCUGACUGAUUCUUUGAACCCAUUUGCUGAAAAUGAUGAGUUGCAGCAACGAUCUGUGAGAAUUUUGGGAAUCAACACCUGGGAUCUUGCCUUAGAACUAACCAAUUUCGACUGGAGCCUCUUCAAUGCAAUUCAUGAGCAAGAGCUGAUAUACUUCACGUUCAGCAGACAGGGCAGUGCUGAAAACACUGAGAAUCUCAGUCUUCUACUUCAAAGAUGCAACGAGGUCCAGCUUUGGGUUGCCACCGAGAUACUUCUCUGCAGCCAGCUCUGCAAACGUGUACAGCUAGUCAAAAAGUUCAUCAAGAUUGCUGCCCACUGUAAAGCCCAAAGAAAUCUGAAUUCAUUCUUUGCUAUUGUUAUGGGUCUCAACACUGCAUCUGUCAGCCGGCUGUCUCAGACCUGGGAGAAAAUUCCUGGGAAGUUCAAGAAACUUUUCACAGAACUGGAAAGCUUGACAGACCCUUCGCUGAAUCAUAAGGCUUACAGAGAUGCAUUCAAGAAAAUGAAAUCUCCGAAGAUUCCCUUCAUGCCCUUACUCCUGAAAGAUGUAACAUUCAUUCAUGAAGGAAACAAAACAUUUCUGGAUAACCUUGUUAAUUUUGAAAAGCUGCACAUGAUUGCAGAUACUGUUCGAUCAUUGAGACAUUGCAGAAAUAACCAGUUUGGCAAUGAAGUUCCUUCAAAAGAGCAUCAUGAACUGAAGCCAUACGUCCACCACCUGCAUGUCAUUGACAACCAGCAAGCACUCUUCGAGCUUUCUCACAGGAUAGAGCCGCGAGCGUGAGCGUACACAGCUUCGUAUAACCUUGUAACUGCAGCACUUUGAAUUAAGUGAAUGUUUAUGCUAAGCAUGUUGCUUCCCUAUAUGAGAACAGUCUACUGAGUUUUAUCAGUAGCUAACACAACAUGCACAGGAAAAUCGGGCAGAGCAAGCAAAGGAGCUGCCCUCAGAGCUGCAGGGCAAGCUGGGUGCCAUCCCCACUUGUCACCAAACGGAGCAGCAUUCUUCGAGCUCAGGAGCUUGGUUUCUGUGAAAAUAUUGUUUGGUCCAGUGUAGCUUUCAAUGCAGAUUCUGCCAGUAUUAGAAAGAAAGGAAGCGUCGUGUCACAGCAGCAAAACAUUUCCACAAGCAACAUGCAGCAAGGGGAUUCUCAGUUCACUGCAGUACGUACCUCACUAAUUCAAGGUUGCCAAAAAUACUGUGCAAUCCGUGCAGCUCCCCUGAGUCCACUGGAGCAUCUUGUUUGAGAUAAGUGCAGACAACCAGGAAUGGAAACAUAAAAAGGCAGUGCACCAGGUGAAACUCAAGAUCGUGUCAUGAUCUGGAGGUCAGAACUAAAGAGUUGAUACUGUUACCGCCCCCCAAGCAUCUGCUUUAUAGAAUACACUACAGGAGCCAAUCCACUUUUGUUGCAGUUCCUGGACACAAUUGUUUGUACACAAAAAAUACAUUAUUUUCUUCCUUUUCAGUUAUCUCAGAUUUAGAAUCAGCUCCUGCAGAUAAUGUGUAAUAAACUGUUAUAGGUGGAGCUUUUUUUUCAGCUUGGAUUAAAGCCUCCUUUGUGUCUGUUCCAAGGCAAUGCCUGGGCUCGCCCAUGUUCCUAACUAACCUUCUGGAAAUACUCUACUUCAGCAGGCAAAAUAUCACCUCACUUGCACACAGUUCCAGUUUCUAAAGAGCAGCAGGGUGCCCCUUACAGGAUACCAGGGAAUGACCUGCAUACACAGCAGGCUCUCAGUAUGAGGGUCCUUUUCAACCUCUGCACCCCUCGCACCCUUGCCCAAGCCAAUUUUCACAUAGCUAAAAGUAGUUUUUCUGAGCACAUAUCAAGACAGCAUUUCUAACGUGCUCACCACCAUCACCACAGCUCUGUUUUUUAGUGUGAAGUUACCCCCAAAUAAUCUGGUGUAUGCCACAGGUGAUAGGCAAGGCGUUACUCUGGCACUCGUUUGUAUGCAGACUUGUAGUAACAGUCCCUUUGCAGAGGAGGGAGGUGGAUGCAUUGCACUGCUUUGCCUUUCUCUAUUGCAUGUUUUACGCACGAGGGAGACUUCCAAGAAGAUGCUGCUUUACUGAAAUGUGGGUCUACUGAAGUAGCAUGCUCUUCAUUGUAGUUUUAUCUCUGGUUUAAAGGGAUUAAAGAACAGCUUUAACAGGUAGUCUGUGGGGGAAUCUGUAGAAUGCAUUCAGUUUUCCCAUCUGUGAAAUAUUGUAUAGAUCUAUUGUAAAGGAAACAGAUGUUUCAGAAAUGUAUUUGCUUGUACUUUGUUAUUAUCAAAUCCUAUAUGAUUUUUUUUUAUUAGAAAAAAAACCUUCUUUUUACCCAGUGAAAAGAACAAAAAAAAUAAACUCUUGCUGGCCAUGGAGUAAAAAUUUGCUAUGUUCUUCUGUAGAUGUGAUUGCACAUACUGUAAAUAACUCUUUUGUGGAAACAGACCAAAACUGUUCAGAUGAGGACACUAGCUGCAGUGGGCUCCUUUUGCAGUGUAAGAACACAAACCAUGGGUUGUGUUUGCUUCUUGUUUUGUUGCAAUUCUUCCUCUGGCUACAGCACUCCCUGAAUCCCCACUCUGAUGUAUUUACUUGCUUUGUUUGCUGGUUUUUGAGCUCCCCCUUGUGAAAUCUCAUUAUGUGGCAUUAUUUUUAAAAGCUUGGACCUGACUGCAUGUGCUAGCUCAUACAGUAUUCUGCUCCACAAAUUGUUUGGUUGAAACGUGUGGGAGAGGGAGUGUAAGAAAUACUGUGGUUCACUGCAUUCAGCUCUGUGAUAGUUGUGGUGGUUAGUGCUGAUGAAGCAGCAGCAGUGCCAGAGAUAAAUGAAGGAAAUAAAAGAAGAGGAAAAAACAAAAAAAAAAAAAAAGAAAGAGAGAUGACUACUCAAGCAUUGAUUGGAAAGUGUGCUGAAGCCAACCUGAAGGCACCUCACUGCCUGAAGUAAGUGGCUGGGUAAUGCUGCACCAGUGGGCUCCAGGCCAGGUUGGGUAUUGGCUUUCUGCACACUGCAACCCUACACUGAAUCGGGUGCUGUCAGCCCUUACAGCUGGCAGGAAACCAGUUUGAAGGCACACAGCCAGCACUAAGCACAUUAUCUGUUUUCUGGCUAACUGGGCUGUUCUUUAAAACUUGAUGAACUAAUUUUCACAGUGGCCUUUCUUAGCUGAACACGACUGUAUGGUCUGGAGGCCCAACUUUUGUGCAUCAAUCUCACAUUGAAAAGAUGGAUCUUUCAACUGUUACCUUAAAAGAAAGGCAAAUAACCCAAAUCUAGAGAUAAUCUGUAGCAAACAAAAACAGUCCGAGUCUUCCUUCAACAACUGAAGCAUCACAGAGCUGAGCUGCAGUCAGGCAGGCACUUUGAAGUGGUUGUUGGAAAACAAGAAGUAAACCCUGUGAAUGAGAUGGAGGCCCCACACAGUCUCUGCCAGGGCCCAGCACAGGUAACACUGUGAGUUUUAAAUCAUUCUUCCCUCUCCAAUAGUACAUUUCUGUUACAUGGAUAAAAUUCAGGAAUCUUCUGAGUUUAUCACAGUCACACUUGUGGUUAAAUACUUGGCAUAUUUGCAUGAGUAGCUAGGAGGAAUAAUUAGACAAAACAAAGGAAGAAGCUUCCACAAUACAUUUAAUUCUGGCCCCAUCUGAGAUAGAAGCUAACUGCAUUUGCAUGACUCUGGCAAAAAAGACAAAUAAAAGGGGGUAUUGGGAACAAUAAGACAUGUGGCUGUAAACUGACAAAGAAAGAUGUAAAUACUAAACAUUUUAGCAGAGUAAUAUUUAUUUGCAUAGCCUAUUUAUUGUCAUUGUAUUACACCAUUAAGAAGUACUGGGAUGAAGUCAGUGGGCUGAGGAAGAACACCUGCCUGUUACAUUCUCUCUGAGUGCCAUAAUGCUGUCAGCUUGCAUUAAGAGUAAUAAAAUAGAAAAUCCCAAACCAAGGUGUUUACCUAACUUCUCAGGGACUACAGCUAGUAGUUAUCCACCGCUAUGAGACUCGGUAUGUAUGAAAUAAUCUGAUUUACCAGAAUCAAUGUCGCCAAUGUUUUCCUUUUCAUAUUACAUGCUUGUCUGCCUCUGUACAUAUUAAUUGUGUUGUGUAUUUAUGAGAGCUAGUAAGCAAUAAUUUAUAUGUCAAAAUGGCCAAGCAAUACAAGGUUAAAACUUGUAGAAGCAACUGUUAUGUUUAUCUUGCAUUUUCCAGUGUUUUUUAAUAUUGCUUUUCAAAAUAUAAAAACUACCUUAAUGAA